CGUCUAUUGGCCGCGGCCGCCAGCGGGGCGGCCCGGCGGAGCGGCCCGGCCGAGCGCGUGCAGCGUGACGAGGGUGGUUAUGGAGCCGGCCGAGUGACCCCUUUGAAGAAGUGCCGAGGGGAGGGGUGCGGGGCUGUCAAAGUGGAGUGUCUUAAUUGCCAUUGAAUACAAUUGAAACUCAACAUAGGAAGAUGGCCACAAACACCACAGGACCAGAUUUUUAGCUGGUGAUGGAGAACCCAUAACUUCUUCAUCUGCUUCGGCAUCCUGCCAUGGUGCAUUGGAUGGUCAAAGUUGGAUGAGGUCUUCGUUGGAGAAAGAUUGCUCUGGAGUUGCAGAUGUUGGAUUUGGAUUUUCUCUGGCAGUCUCCCAUUGGGUGUGAACCUAUGCCAAUUCUGUUUUAAUUAAUAUGAGAUUCCAGUGUGGUGGUAGUCAAAGAAUUAAUUUGGGCUCAGAAGAUAGGUGGAAAAUGUACGUGCCUAUAUCAAAAAUUUGGCAAUGGUGACUAAAGCUUUUGUCUCAUCACCUCACUUUUCCUGCCCUCCCAUUUUGGGAAGGUGAAACAGAGCUGAAGAGGAUUUUAGCUAAAUCGGAGAACCAAAUGAAAAAUCUAGCACUCGAGACAUUGGUGGAUAUAUGAUACUCCCUGGAAGACUCUGGAAAAAUAUAAUUUUACAAAUUCAUAUGAAGUCCCUCACGGAAGCAGUUGGGUUACUCAUCGGGAGAGGGAAUUGAAUGUGAAUUGAAGAAAUUCUGGUUUUCAGAAUAAAAAUAGAGUUGCCAUCUUGGCAGAACUAGACAAAGAGAAAAGAAAAUUACUUAUGCAAAACCAGUCUUCAACAAAUCAUCCUGGAGCCAGCAUUGCGCUCUCCACCAGACCCUCUCUUAAUAAGGAUUUUCGUGAUCAUGCGGAGCAGCAGCAUAUUGCAGCUCAGCAAAAGGCUGCGUUACAGCAUGCACAUGCACAUUCAUCAGGAUACUUCAUAACUCAAGACUCUGCAUUUGGAAAUCUCAUUCUCCCUGUUUUGCCACGACUUGACCCAGAAUGAUGGAUAUGUUCGCAGUAAAGGAAACUGACUUUGUACAAGCAAUUACUGAAGUGCCAACUUCAUAAUCAAACUAUAGUUAUGCAAACUUCUAGGAAACGUCUCCCAAGUGUUUUGUGAGCAUAUGAAACUCUUGCCUUGUUUUAAAAAGCCACCCCGUGUUGGGUCGAAUUGUAGGUGAAAGCGACCUAGCUGGUGCAUGAUGUACAAACCCUAUGAAGAUAACUGUACAGCACUUCUUGUGCUGUAGUUACAGCUAUUAAGGAAGCAUGUCACUUCUCAAUCCGAACAUAGGAAAUGUAUCCAUUUCUCUUGUUAUUUAUAUGACUGUUAUCAAGUGCACUCAAGGAUUUCAUGUUUAAUCAUGUUCACAGGAAAUUAAUGUAAAAUUAAGUGGCUCCAUGUCUGAUUCCCCUGACCCCCAAUUUUGUUUUUGGGGAUGGGGGGAAGAGAGAGGGGAGAAGGGAGGUCAGCUAAAUCCCAAACUAUUCUUGUACACUUUUUUUAAGUAUAAGAUCAACAAUGUGAAUGAAUCAGCAUAAAUGAGAACAAUAAAAUAACUGAUAGCA